AUGGCCUGGUACCACGCUCAAUUCUCUGCCCGUCGACUUGGGCCCACGUUUACGCAAAACCCGGUGGGGCUGACCACGCUUGGCCAAACGGACCCCAAACCAGCGACGGGCACCCCCGACUCCCUCUUUGGACCGAACAUUGGACCCAUCCAGCCAGGGCCUGCAUGGACAACAGCAGCCACCCAGCCAAAGCGACUUGUCGAGCCAGACGAGCUGACGACGGAUACCGUCCGGACAUGGAUCGAGAAAUCCAAGCUUCCCACGACACCGACAACGACGCUCCAGGCACUCGUCAACCUUCGUCGGCCGACUUUGCGGCUUUCGCCAGUCGCUGCUGCCCCCGGAUUGCGCUUGCGUGACGCCCCCCACCUCCUCGAAUUUUCGUUCGACUGUGCAUCAGCGCAAUGUGGAGUACAUGUCCACGUCCAUCUCCCUUCAACCCAUCCAGAUGCCCCCGCCCACGGUGGCUCACUCAGAGUCUUCGAAGCCGUUGUUCAGGGUGGUUUUGGCCGGACUCUAGGGCCUAGUGAUGCUGCGAUCAUAGAAUUGGCCCGGUUCGAGAGAAUCCCGGCAAACACGACCACAAAUACUCUCGCUGUUCCCGCGGUACCUGCAAAUACCACAGCUCCAGCUACUGCACCCGAAACAGCUGCCACUCGCAGAAGAUUCACUCCCUUCCGCUUGCGUCGUGGACAAAGAGAAGUCAGAGCCGCUCCCACUGGUGCUGCCGUCGCGGUUGUCGACACAGGCGAUAAGAAGGGCGAUGCUGCCGAAGAGGAGGAUGACGGCAAGGGUGUUCGUGUGACCAUAAGGCUUGUCGCUUUGGAUGCAGAAGGCCACGAGUUGGAUGCACCGAACGAGCAUACCGUUUAUCUUGUGGUUGGCCGUCUUGGUGCCGUGCCCAUUCCUCCCACGGCUACGACCACGGAAACACCCGCAGAAGACACUGAAGCUAAAGACGCAGACGGCGAAAAUGAUAAUACGCCAGACCCUGAUGGUCGGCCAUGGCUUGUUCGCGUCGUCAAGCGAGAGGCCACUAUCGGGCCACACACAUUCCAUUUGCAUGAAAUUUAUGGCCUCAGUAGUGCGGCAGCAGCCACUCCAACGCCCGCGGCCACUCCUGUGACAUAUCCGCCUCAGCCUGCAGCGGAUGAGCCUCCCGAACGUGAAUGUUUGCUCUGUCUAAGUGCUCCUCGUGAAGUUGUUCUCCUUCCGUGUCGCCAUCUGGUCGCAUGUCGUCCUUGUGCUGUCAACAUGGUCGAAUUUGGCGCUGGUGGUGCAAUCGCACCAGAAGAAGCUCCCGCGCCGACACCGGCUCCGGCUUCCGCUCCGACUCCCGCUGAAGUACCGCUCCCGCCAGACAACGAAGGCGAAGCAGAACCCGCCGAGGCCUCCCCGGCUGAUAAUGCUACACCCGUUCCAGCCGCAGCUACAACCGCUGCUCCUGCUCCCGUCGUCACAACCAGGAGGAAGCGCAAGGCCAAGGGCUGGUUCUGCCCCGUCUGCCGCCAACCUUAUACCUCUCUCCUCCGGAUCACCACCAGCCCGCCACCGCCGGCCGAUGCCGCCCCGACAUCCCCGACUACACCCGCGGUGGCUCCUCCAAUGGCGCCAGCAGCGAUUGAGGAAGCCAAUUCGAAUGGGGGCGGGCUGUUGAGCGGUUUGCGGCCCGCGUUUUUGCGCGGCUUGUCGAUUCGCGACCGGGCACCGCCGAGAGAUGUGGAGGCGCAGGCGUAG